AUGCACUUCGAGUGCUUGCAAGAUAGUCCAAAGGACUACAUUUCAAGCCUCCUUGUCUUGGAGAAGGCCCCACAUGUAGUUGCUACAGCUUGGGAUGGGACCCUUUCUUUGUAUGACUACGAGGCCAAUGAGCUCCUGUUGCGAAUGAAGCACGAAAAUGGACUUUUGUCAAGUGUCUGGAGUGCUUGCGGUAAAAAGUAUGUGGGCUCUGUGCAGGGGGAUAUUUUAGAAGUGGAUUUGGAAUCCGAAAGAUUCGAGCUGGUCUCGGAGGAAGCCACUUUAGGAAUCUGUGCAAUGAGCAGUAACAGCAGUAACCUCGUAGCGGGUUCGUGGGAUGGCAGCUUGCAGAUGCUGGACAUGAGGACGGGAAGUAUUUGGCACAAUGAAAAGCUCGGAAACGGAAAAAUACUAGCACUCGAUUCAAACGACGAGACGGUGGUAGUGUCCUACGCAGGUGGAAAAGUUGUAACCUAUGAUCAACGUAAUAUGAAUACCCCGGUUAUAAGGGAUUCGGGACUAAAAUUUCAGACCCGAGAUAUCAAACUAAUGCCUCAAGGCAAUGGCUACGUACAGAGCUCACUGGAUGGUCGAGUCGCAGUGGAGUAUUUAAAUGACGAAUCUUUAAGGUUUGCAUUUAGGUGCCAUCGUAUGAACCUCCCAGACACACAAUUUGUAUUUCCCGUGAAUGCACUGGCUUUUAGCCCGACAAAUGGCCACCUGUACACUGGCGGCUCCGACGGUAAAGUGUUUGCUUGGAAUUUGAAUACUCGCAAAAAAUCCGAAGAACUGCCGAAACUUGAUGAGAGUGUCGUAAGGCUGGCCAUAAGUAGUAAGGUGCUGUGCGUUGCAACCGCAGAUGAUUCCUUCAAGACCUUGGCUACUAUUCAAGAUGCUGAAACUCAGAGCGGUCAAAUAUAUUUUACAAAAUUAUGA